UUAUCGCACGUUUGUAAGCAAGUAAACAACAAUUUGCGAAUGUAUGUAGUGGUACUGUGUCAAACACGAGCAACAAACGUUGCUGCAACGUACAUAAAGUGAUCCAUUAUUUACAAAUGUCAAUGUCGGGAAAAAGAGCGUGCUCUACCCUGCUCAUCCUUAGUACUUGUUCAAUUCCGGUGGAAGGAUAAGUAAUUCCUGGAAAUAAUUCAAUCUCAAAUAAAAGUUGUCUGAAAAAUAUCUAGCUUAAAGUUAAAUCAAGUAAUCAGCACUAUGCAUUUUCAAGCAGCAAAAGUAAAAUCAAAUGUUUCGAAAUUUAUAGUUGGCGUUACUUCGAUUGUAUCACUUUUCGAAUUUUUUUUACUUCCUCACUCAACCGUAAAUUCCAUAGACUUUACUCUCAUAUCUAGUCACAUUCAAUUGUUUCUAACCCUAACGUUAGCUCUCAAAGUAUUUAGCGUUCCAUUUUUAAGUGAAAUUCUCGAAAUUGAAAAUGGAAAAAAUCUUAUAUCAUGGAUACUUAGAUUAUUUUUAGUCCAAAAUAUAGUCCUUUUUUACAAAUUCCUUCAAAUCCUUUCAAUUAUUGAAGGUGAUCAAUCCACAUAUUUUUCAUACUGUUAUGUCACACUUUUAGUCAGGUAUGUAUCCGUAGGAAUUUUAUUAUUAAAUGAACUAUACGGUCAAAGACUAGUCGAGGCUUAUCAAAAACUUGAGAUAGCCAAAUCAAUCGCCCACACAAGAAAAGUUAUAUCUCUUCUGAAGCCAUACUUUAUUCCAAAAAGUUAUGAAGCGAGAGUGUCCGCAGGAGUUUGUAUACUUUUAGUACUCAUUGACCUACCCGUCGACUUGUUCCAGCAAAUUUUGAAUAAAAAAAUCAUGGACUCGAUGACUUUCUCCUCAUCCAUGACCAACAAUUCCGAUAGCCACACACAGGCCAAAAUCGAAUUGAAUAUGGCGAACUUUCGCUGGGAACUACUCCUUCUCACGGCCUUGUUAGACGUGACCUCGUGUUACGGGAUUACUCACAAUAUUCGCACCUACUUGUGGAGAAAUGUCGAAUCUGAUUCUGCGGGCAGAAUUCAGGUCGAAAUUUACACCAGACUACAGCAUCAAAGUGUUCGAUGGCACUUGGAACAAGGGACGGGGGGUCGACUUACCAAAUUGCAGUCAUCGUCCUCAGACUUUACCUACUUUAUGAAAAACAUUUUACUCAGCGUAAUUCCCCAGUGGUUAAAACUCUACGUCUCCAUAACGCACCUCGCCAUUCGAUAUCCAUGGAACAUAACUUGCAUCGUCAUUCUCACCACGGCUUUCCUCGUUGUCGCCAAAUUUCUAUUGUCCACGUGGAGAAGUAAAUUAGAAAAGAUGGACAAGGAGGAUUCCAAAGCAAAGAUGAAGAAAUCCGUGGAUGCUCUGCUCAACUAUGAGACGGUGAAAUACUUUUGCAAGGAACGUUACGAAAUCCACAGGUUCAAAGAAGCAUUUGAAGAGACGACUCAGCUUAAAUUUAAUUCAAAAUUUGCCUCGACUAUGUCUUGGUUUUUGGAGAAUGUGGUUCGAACAGUGGGUCAGACGGCGGCGAAAAUGUGGUGCUACUGGAUGGUACUUGGAGACUCUGAACUCACACUGGGCGACUUUGUCAUGCUAGAAGCGUUCUUUUGGAGUACGUAUGCGCCCUUUGAUUCUAUGAGUUGGAUGUAUGAAUGGGGUCAAAAAGUUGCAGUUGAUGCUGCUGAUGUUGCGGAAUUACUGGAACUAGCCCCAGAGAUUGUGGAUGUUCCAAACGCUCCUAAUUUAGAAGUCACAGAUGGGGAAAUUAGAUUUGAAAAUGUGUCGUUUAGCUAUGUGCCAGAGAGGGAAGUCCUCUCUGAAGUAACUUUUAGAGUAGAAGCUGGGAAAACUAUGGCACUGGUUGGUCCAACUGGCUCGGGCAAAUCCACCGUCAUGAAAUUAAUAUUUCGGCUUUACAAUUCAUCAUCUGGACGGAUUUUAAUUGAUAAUCAAGACGUAACCAAAGUCACACAAGCUUCUUUACGAGGAACAAUUGGAGUUGUUCCUCAAGAUUGUGUAUUAUUCGAUGAUACUAUUACCAAUAAUAUUAAGUAUGGAAAACCUACUGAUGAAAUGGAACAAAUUACGGAAUAUGAUGUCCAACAUGCAGCAAAAUGUGCCUGCAUUCAUGAAGCAAUUUUAGAAUUCCCAGAUAAAUACGACAGCAAGGUGGGAGAGAGAGGUUUAAAGCUUAGCGGAGGGGAGAAACAGCGCAUUGCAAUUGCCCGAACUGUUCUGAAAAAUCCUCCAAUUCUUAUCCUCGACGAAGCCACGUCGGCUCUUGACACAAAAACUGAGCGAAAAAUUCAAUCCGUCAUUAAAAACAUUUGCAAAAAUCGGACGAGUCUGAUCGUGGCGCACAGACUGUCAACGAUAACGCAUGCAGAUGAAAUUGUGGUACUCAAAGGAGGACGAAUAGUUGAAAGUGGAUCGCAUGAAACUCUCCUGGCGAAAGGUGGGGAAUACGCGUCCAUGUGGUUGGAACAGUUGGAGAAGAAAGACCAUUCAACUACGAUUGGUUGAUUGACUGUUUGACAUAUGUCAUGAAGUAAAUAUUAAUUUUUUGAAACAUGUUAGUUAAUUAUAAGUCACAAAAUAAAGAGAUUUUACACAUGAUA